AUGGAAUCAGCAUCCCUUCUUCAUGCACAAUUUGGUCAUCCCAGCCUUGCCAAACUGCAACAACUUGUCCUCUCUUCUCGUUGUGAGCCACCAUCUACUACUAUAGAUAUCCCUAUUGUGUGUGAUCCUCCUAGUGUGCCCACUUCCAGUGCCACCUCGGAUUCUCCUCAGCCACCUCCGAGUGUACCUAUUGCGGAUAGACCACCUCUUCAGGUUUAUAGCAGAAGACACUGUUGCCAACCACCACCACAUGACUCACAUCAAGUGCCGAGUUAUUUGUUUCCUACGGUUCCAAGAAUUGAGUCUGAUCUUCCCAUUGCCCUUCGUAAAGGUAUGCGUUCUACCCGUAAUCAUUCCCCCCAUUAUGCUACUUUGAGUUAUCAUAGAAUCUCUCCAUCUUUCUAUACAUGCCUUUCGUCUAUUUCCUCUUUGUCAAUUCCAAAAUCUUUAGGUGAUGCAUUAGUCCACCCUGGUUGGCGUUAGACCAUGCUUGAUGAA